AUGCGUUACUUCUUCGCUGCCUCUGUCCUGGCCGCCGGUGCCAUGGCCACCAGCGCCACCGACUACCUCAAGUGCGCCAGCGCUGCCCUUGGCUCAGCCGACACCUCUACCUUUGAUGACUGCGCCAGCAAGUCGGCCCAAGAAUGCCUCUGCGACAACAAAGAUGCCCUAUCCAAACUGAGCAAGGAAGCCGCAGAGGCCUGCUCCGGCGUCGACCUGAGCUCCCUCACCGAUGCCCUCUGCAGCAGCUCCCGUGAGGUCGAGGCCGCUCCCGCCCGCCACGCCUCCAGCCCCAUGAUGCUGGCUGACCCGCUUAACAAGCGUGCCUUUGCCCCCCAGGCCGAGAGCCCUGCUUCUGCCGUCCCUGCCGUCCCUCGCGUUGUCUACGUGACCGAGACGAAGACUGAUUGCAGCUGCAAGAGCACCUCUGCCCCUGACUCCAAGUUGGCACACAUCUCCCAGAUCCCAGUUGAUGUUCCUGCUAGCGCUAGUGGUAGCGCCAUGCCCAGCAUGGCUGUUGCCUCCAGCCCUGCUGGUCACUCCCACGUCCCCAUGGGCGCUGCCUCCUCCGUUGCUUUCGGCUCACAGGCUUCGGCUGCUACCCCCAUGCCUUCUGGUGCGGACCCCAACCGCUACUCGUCAUUCCAGGGCGCCGCGGCGCCCAGUGCUUCCGUGCACGGUGUUGCAGCGGUCGGUGUCGCUGCUGUCAUGGCCUUGAUGGUUGCCCUGUAA